GCUCGCACGUCCGUUCAGGCAAUCAUGCUCACCCGGAUUCCAGUUUCACCCUCCUACCCCACGCACAGCUGUACACGUUUACAGGGGCUCAGCAGUGCUCUGUACAGUUAGUGUAACGUGUUAUAAAAGAUACGAGAGGUCAUACCAGCAUCUUUCUUCCCUUCCGAUCGCCAUGACUUUUCCUCCUUUGAAGAAUGAUCUCUUACUGAGGGCUGCUAGAGGAGAAGAGACAGAGCGUGCACCGGUAUGGGUAAUGCGACAAGCAGGACGAUACUUGCCAGAAUUUAGGAAAGUGCGAGAGUCGCAUGAAUUCUUUGAGGUCUGCCGUACACCAGAGCUUGCGACAGAAGUCACCAUCCAGCCCAUCCGGCGGUACUCAGGUCUCUUGGAUGCUGCUAUCAUAUUCAGCGACAUUCUAGUCAUUCCUCAGGCCAUGGGUAUGGAGGUCGAAAUGAAACCCGGCCCUUACUUCCCAGAUCCAUUAAAUACCCCUGCGGAUAUUGCUAAGCUCACGAAGGAUGUCGAUGUCAAUAAGGAACUUGGCUAUGUCUUCGAGGCUAUCACGAUGACGAGAAACGCUCUCAAGGGAGAAGUUCCCUUGAUCGGUUUCUGCGGAGCUCCAUGGACACUCUUUGCCUACAUGGUUGAGGGUGGCGGAAGUAAGACCUUCCAGAAAGCCAAAACUUGGCUUUUCCAAUAUCCGCAGGAAUCGGAGAAGCUCCUCAUGCGUAUAGCUGAUGUAUGUGUCGACUUUUUGGUGGGGCAAGUCAAAGCGGGAGCUCAGUUGCUACAAGUCUUCGAUUCAUGGGCAGGCGAACUUGCACCUCAUCACUUCCAACAAUUCUCCUUUCCCACGCUACAACAUAUAUCCAGCGGUGUUCGUCAAAAGCUAGCAUCAGAAGGGAUCCCCGCCGUGCCCAUGACACUUUUCGCGAAAGGUGCGAACCACGCUCUCUCGCAACUCGCCGAGCAAGGUGGAUAUGAUGUUCUUGGUAUCGACUGGUGCAUUGAGCCUUCGGAGGCUCGUCGCUUAGUUGGAGACAAGGUUGCUCUGCAGGGUAACAUGGAUCCCAACGUUCUGUAUGGGGGAAAGGAUGCCAUCGAAAGAGAGGUGAAGAGGAUGUCUGAGAGCUUCCGGGGUACAAAGCCUCCGAAAGGUUGGAUAGCGAAUCUAGGUCAUGGUAUCACACCCGCAGUUGAUCCAGAAGACCUGCGCUGGUUCUUCCAAUGUGUGCACAAAUAUACAGCAAAGUAAUCAAACUCUGUAUUAUAGGCAUUAACAUCUUCUGUAGCGUCUAGACGGGUGAUUUAGUAGCAAGAGAACCUAACGUUCAGGAACGGAU